UAACCAAUGACAAUCGGAGGAAAUCUUUCGGAGUAUAGAUUCCCAAGCAGCCGUAUUUAUACACAACCUACACAUCAUCAAACCCUUUUGCAAUGCCUGUCAGAACGCUUGGUUGUCCGUGAGCGAGAAGAUGCGUUGGUAUUCAAAGCCGUAUACCUGUAGGACAAGUCAUGGACUGAACGGGCUUUUGGAAUCACUUGUGGAAUUUUAUGCUUGUCCGUGGCACGAUGCCUUAUCUGACUAAACCGCUGUUUUUACUCUUCUGUUUGGUCGUUACCGGGGAAUGCCGUAGGCUUGGACACCGAGUACGGAGAUGGACGGAAACCGUGGAGACGGCAAAGCUUGGACCAGAGACCACAAAGCAUGGCCCUUCCUUGACAAAGAAACCUCCAGAUGUGACCAAGAAUCGCAAGCUGAAGACAGAGCAGCUUCUGAAAGUAGAUGAUCAUGAUUUCACCAUGAGGCCGGCAUUUGGAGGCCCUGCUAUCCCAGUCGGAGUGGACGUACAGGUGGAGAGCCUGGAUAGCAUCUCAGAAGUAGACAUGGACUUCACCAUGACCCUGUACCUGAGACACUAUUGGAAGGACGAGCGUCUGUCCUUCACCAGCUCCACCAAUAAGAGCAUGACAUUUGACGGGCGUCUGGUCAAGAAGAUCUGGGUGCCCGAUGUGUUCUUCGUCCACUCCAAGAGAUCCUUCAUCCACGACACCACCACAGUCAACAUCAUGCUCAGGGUCUUUCCCGACGGACACGUUCUGUACAGCCUGAGGGUGACAGUGACAGCAGCCUGUAACAUGGACUUCAGCCGCUUCCCUUUGGACACCCAGUCCUGCUCCCUGGAGCUAGAGAGCUAUGCAUAUACGGAUGAGGACCUGAUGCUGUACUGGAAGAGUGGGGAUGAGUCCUUGAGUACGGAUGACCGUAUCUCCUUGUCUCAGUUCCUCAUCCAGAAGUUCCACACCACAUCUCGGCUGGCCUUCUACAGCAGUACUGGCUGGUACAACCGUCUGUACAUCAACUUCACCCUGCGGAGACACAUCUUCUUCUUCCUGCUUCAGACCUACUUCCCGGCUACCCUCAUGGUUAUGCUGUCUUGGGUGUCCUUCUGGAUCGACCGCAGGGCCGUCCCAGCUCGUGUCUCCCUGGGUAUCACUACAGUGCUCACCAUGUCCACCAUCAUCACUGGAGUCAACGCCUCCAUGCCCAGAGUAUCCUACAUCAAAGCAGUGGACAUCUACCUGUGGGUCAGCUUCGUGUUUGUCUUCCUGUCUGUCCUGGAGUACGCUGCUGUCAACUACCUGUCCACUGCACAGGACCGCAGGGAACGCAAGAUGAGAGACGAGAUGAGGGAAAGGGCCAGGUCACAGUCGCUGCCCUGCACCUGUGGCAUGUCCCAGACCAGGACCAUGCUAUUAGACGGGACCUACAGCGAGGCGGACACUAACAGCCUGGCCGGCUACACCUCAGGAACUAUGGGGCCCGAGGAGGACAUGGAUAUGCCCCGCGACAUGAUGACUGAGAAGCAGCCUCCUGGAGAACACACAGUGGUCCACCUGUCUGCCAGCAGCGAGUCAACGACAACCAAGAAGAAAGGCAUCAGGGCCCUCAAUAUUAUACAGAAUACACACACCAUCGACAAGUACUCCAGGAUGUUAUUCCCUGGCUCCUAUAUCCUAUUCAACAUAAUCUACUGGUGUUCAUACUGUUUAGGAGCGUAGGGUCUAAUGUUUAGGAGCGUAGGGUCUAAUGUUUAGGAGCGUAGGAUCUACUGUUUAGGAGCGUAGGGUCUACUGUUUAAUAGCGUAGGAUCUACUGUAUAGGAGCGUAGGGUCUAAUGUUUAGGAGCGUAGGAUCUAAUGUUUAGGAGCGUAGGAUCUACUGUUUAAUAGCGUAGGAUCUACUGUAUAGGAGCGUAGGGUCUAAUGUUUAGGAGCGUAGGAUCUAAUGUUUAGGAGCGUAGGAUCUACUGUUUAGGAGCGUAGGAUCUACUGUUUAGGAGCGUAGGAUCUACUGUUUAGGAGCGUAGGAUCUACUGUUUAGGAGCGUAGGAUCUACUGUUUAGGAGCGUAGGAUCUACUGUUUAGGAGCGUAGGAUCUAAUGUUUAGGAGCGUAGGAUCUACUGUUUAGG